GUAAUAAUCUACUAUGAAUAUUUGUAAAAUAUCGGAAUUAUUAUUAUGGCAUGUAGAUAAAAGGUAUUGCAGUAAGGAAGAGAGCGGUUAUAGGGAUAUAUAAGGGAAUGAAAGCGCUUGACUCCAAGUUAAAAAGUUAAGUUAACAAACUCUAAUACCCAGCAAUCUGUGCGGUAAGCGGAAAGAGCUGGCCGCUUUCUGGUUUCAGAAGGUGACGGUAUGAAGCCAAACUAGUUCGUGCAACGUUUACAUUUGAACUAGAGGAAAAGGCAGCUGAAAUAAAUGCAAGGUCGACCACAGAGCUGAGGUCCAAACGCUGCAUGUUGAGCCGAAGGUGUCACACACGACUCUGAAUCAUGAAUUAUGCUCGGUUCUUGACGGCUGUCAGUGCAGCCAGAAAACCCUCUCCUAUCAGGCUCCUGACUGAGCUGCAGCUGCGCUCUCCUCCAACCAUGAUUUCAUUGGCGGGUGGCGCUCCGAACCCCAACAUGUUCCCCUUUGAGUCCGCAGUCAUCAAAGUGAGAAAUGGACCAGCGAUGACCUUUGACGAGACGCUGAUGAAGAGGGCCCUGCAGUACUCUGCCUCUAGUGGGAUCCCCGAGCUGCUGACGUGGAUGAAGAAGCUACAGAUGACCCUCCAUAAUCCACCCACCGCCAGCGCCCCCCCUGAGAAAGGUCAGAUGGACAUGUGCGUGACCACAGGCAGCCAGGAGGGGCUCUCUAAGGUGUUUGAGAUGCUCAUCAGCCCUGGAGACAACGUCCUGCUGGACACGCCCACAUAUGCUGGCACACUGGCAGCACUUCAGCCUCUUGGCUGUAACCUGAUCAAUGUCCCCAGUGAUCAACACGGCCUGAUCCCCAUGGCCCUGAAGGACAUACUGUCCCGCUGGCGUCCAUCAGACCUCCAUAAACCUGGAAAUGAUGUCCCGAAAGUCCUCUACACGAUUCCAAAUGGAGGGAACCCGACUGGAGCCUCCAUGACGAGAGAGAGGAAGAGAGACGUGUACGAGUUGGCCCAACAGUACGACCUGCUCAUCAUUGAAGACGACCCCUAUUACUUCCUGCAGUUUGGGAAGCCAUGGACUCCGUCAUUCCUCUCCAUGGACACUGAUGGACGGGUCAUCAGGAUGGACUCAUUCUCAAAGAUCUUGUCCUCAGGUAUGAGGAUAGGCUUCAUGACUGGUCCCAAACCCCUGGUGGAGAGGGUGGUGCUGCACAUCCAGGCCUCCACCAUGCACACCAGUACCUUCACUCAGCUCAUUGUGUCUCAGCUCCUGCACAGCUGGGGUGAGGAGGGCUUCUUCCAGCACAUUGAUGGGGUCAUCGAGUUUUACAGAAACCAGCGAGAUGCCAUGUUGACAUCUGCAGAUAAAUGGCUGAAAGAUGUGGCAGAGUGGCAUGCCCCGUCUGCAGGUAUGUUCUUGUGGAUCAAACUGAAGCACAUCGCUGACACCAAGGGGCUGAUCAUGGAGAAGGCGCUGGAAAAAGAGGUUCUGCUGGUUCCUGGAGGCAGCUUCAUGAUCAACAGUGAUGACCCAUGUGCAUAUGUCAGAGCUGCCUUUUCUCUGUCCUCACCAGAGAAGAUUGAUGAGGCUUUCAGACGACUGUCUUUACUCAUCAAAGAAGCUCAGUGAUCAAUAGUCUGUGGUACUGUAUUUUUUUUUUUUUUUUUACUACUGGCCACUUCUUUGGCUGCCCAAUGAGUUAUUGUUUAUUUGUCUCUACACACAAGUAACAUUUUUAUGAACAAGAGUAAAGUGAAAUUAUAUGCUUACUGAGUUACAAGGGUUUGUAUAGGUGCUUAAACUUUAUUUAGUUUUAUUUAAUUUUUCAUUGUAUUUUAUUUAUCUUAUUUAAGGCUGGGAAUGCUUUUUAAAAAAUGGGGAAGACUGAAUGAUUUGUCUUUGAAACAGAUGAAUAAAAUAACUUAAGUCUAAGAUUAAUCUCAAGUGACUCAUCUGUUAGAUGAUUUCAAACUUUUGUUUGUGUUUCAAGUCCUGGAAAGUGCUUAAAUUCCUUAUCAAGACAGCACGUCUCCUCGCUUAGACCUGCAGGAGUCCCAGACUGACCUCAGGUCUGUUUUCACCACUUUGUUGUUGAACCUGAAUGAUGUAGACUACAUGCUGAAAACAUCAGAGUGGUUCUGUUGUCUGAACCUCUGUUCCUACUGACUUUGAAAGGUUCAUGUGAUCUCUGAGGGAUUAAAGGCAUAUGGAACCUUCAGGUCCACUAAUGUUAGAGAUUACAGAUGAUUAGAACAGUAUUCAGUGCAGAAAAUCUUUUGUUGAACAUAUGAGGUUUUGAUGCCUCAUAAUUUAAAUUCAGUCAAUAUAUCAAAUCAAGUAGAAACAGAACUUUAGUACCACAACAUA